UAUAGUCUGUUAUUUAUGGGACUUACAUUUCUAUUUUCUUUUCAUCUUUUGCAGCUUUUUGGCCCUCACAUAGACUUAAAUUACGGUAGCUGUACGGUAGGAAAUACGACAUACUUCCACGGCGAAACAUUCAAAUUGGAUUGCCGAACACAAUGCGUUUGUCAGAACGGAAGGCACGCAUGUUCGACCCUCUGCCCACACGAGAAUCUGCCCCCGCCCAACGAUACGGCAAUCUGCGUCGGGGCCAGGCUGGUGGAGCUUCCGGAUCACUGCUGCCGGGUGUGGCUAUGCGAACAGCCCACCACCGACGUGAACGCAACCUGCUACAAUUCGUCCACAACGCUGUGGUCAACGUGUUCGCAGAGCUGCGGAAUCGGAAUCUCGACCAGGAACAUAACCACGACGCCCGGUUGCCAGCGGCUCAGCACGGUCAGGCUCUGCGAGAACCACAAAUGCAACCGACAGGACAAUAGCUACUACAGUGGCAUCGUUAAUGAUUACGGCGACAACGGCGGGGAAGUCCUGACGGUUGUGGGGGAUGGCCGCCGCGAUAUCAGUGACAGUAGCAGCAGCAGUAGCAGCAAAAAGUACAACCAGGACGACCGCUAUCCUGUUGCUAAUAGUUUGCUGCUACUAAGCGAGCCGGAGCACCGUAGGAGGAGAGGACACCAGUGCCGGAGCAUUCAGCGGACGUCCUCCUCUCGGCUUCGGUUGGGCCCUUGCGUCUCACGGAAGCUGUACCGGCCGAAGAGUUGCGGCCACUGUCAGGACGCAAACAUGUGCUGUGUGCCUUCAAUUGCAACAACCAUUCAGGUUGAGCUCCUCUGCCCGCUUAAUUCGGGUGACCCGUUCGAGUUCAUCGAGCACGGGUACGAUCUGUGGGAUAGCGCAUCCAUCGAUCCGCUGGACCAGGAGAUGCUGCAGUCCCGACAGAUCCAGAUCGAGAACAAGUUUGUCGACGUGCAGUGGGUGCUGAAGUGUGAAUGUGGACCAAAAAGCAAAAGUUGCCGCCCCGAGAGGAAGGCACCUGAUCCUUUGGUAGUGAUUGGCAACGCUAGAAAUGCCAACAACCGCGAGGACACGAACAUCAUCAACAGCAGCAGCAUCAGCAACAACAAUUCGAUCGACGACGAGAAUGACGCUAACGAUGAAGUGGGUUCGUCGUCGCAGAGCAAACAUCAGAAACAGCAUCACCAUCAGCACCACCACCACCGUCGUCAGCAUCAUCACCGGCAGCGGAAAAGCAACCAGCAUCACAGCAGUGAUGGUGGCGAACUUUUGAAACGGGUUCAUCGAACAUAAUAAAUUGACCCUUUGCACCUAGCCGCGCGUCGCCGGAUUCCUCCCUAGUUUCCUCUCCCUUGGGUUGGUCUCGCACCUAGUUAGAGAGAUACGCACAGGGUGGGGCAGCACGCGGAAGGAGGAGGCCGUGGCGAGGGCGACAUAACUGGAAAUCUGACCAACAACGGAAUGAGCUAUGCUUGUAGGAACGGAGAAUGUUUGUGCGAUACUUCCGGCCAACAGCGAGGCCGGAAAGUUGUGAAUGUGAAAGUGUUGCGCGCGCGAUUCGUCGACGAGUUGGAUCGUCGGUCGUCAUGCGACAAUUGAAUAUAUCGAAUUCAAGCAAAAUCAGACUUUAUUUCGCGGGUGCGGUAGUGAAGUGCACACACACAAUUUGAUUAGAUUUUCCGAAAACGACCGAACACGUUUGAGCGAACGGUGAACAAAAUACACAUCACUGAAGUGACUUAUAUAUCUAUACAUAUUGUGAAGGAUAUCCGUGUCCGACAUAUGAUUGAAUAGAGAGCUAGCCAAACUGGGA